UACGAAAAAGCAUAUUCAAAGUAGAAAAGAUGAACGUGAUUGAACAUUGUACACACAUGACCCCAAGCCAUUUAUCUCAAAAAGUGAGGAUGAGUGGAGCAAAAAGCUGUAAAUUUUGUUUUGAAUUGAAUUAGAUAAUAGAUACAACACAAUACAAGAAGGGUUCUUUCCCUUUCUCAUCUUCAAUGGCUCUAUCAUCACAUUUGCUAGUUUUGUUCCUACACUUAAUACCUUCUGUUAUUUGCCAAGUUACAGAGUUUGUCAGCAUAGACUGUGGAGGUACAAGUAAUUACACCGACCCAAGUACAGGACUAGUAUGGGUUUCAGACACUGGAUUUAUUAGACAUGGUCACUCAGUUGAUAACAAGAACCCUAAUGGAGAUAGCACGCAGUAUAAAUGGACGAGAGACUUCCCUGCAGACAGAAAUAAGUACUGCUACACUCUGAGCACCACAGAGAGAAGGCGAUAUCUUGUUCGAGCAACGUUUCAGUAUGGCAACUCAGAUUCUGGAGAUCCUUUUCCCAAUUUUCAGCUCUAUUUGGAUGCUACCAUGUGGUCCACCAUAACAGUGUUGGAUGCUUCAAGAGUAUAUGUGGAGGAAAUGAUUAUCAGGGCAACUUCUACUUCCAUCGAUGUAUGUCUGUGCUGUGCAUCAACGGGCUCUCCUUUCAUAUCUACACUUGAAUUGCGCCCCUUGAACCUUUCAAUGUAUGCCACAGAUUAUGAGGAUAGUUUCUACCUAGCAGUUGCAGCCAGAGUAAAUUUUGGUGCUCCAAGCAAAGACCCAAUAAGGUACCCAGAUGACCCUUAUGACAGAAUCUGGGAAUCAGAUCUAGAUAGAAGGCAGAACUUUCUUGUCGGGGUGGCUCCUGGAACAGAAAGAAUCAGCACCUACAAGAAUAUAAAUGUAAGAACACGAGAAUUUCCACCGGUUAAAGUAAUGCAAACUGCAGUUGUUGGCACUCAAGGGAGACUCAGCUAUAGGUUAAACCUAGAAGGUUUCCCUGCGAAUGCUCGAGCUUAUGCAUACUUGGCUGAGAUUGAAGAUUUGAGUAAGAAUGAGACUCGAAAGUUUAGACUGGAACAACCUCAAGUGCCUGGCUACAACAAUGCCAUUGUAAACAUUGCUGAAAAUGCCAAUGGUAGCUGUACUCUUUAUGAACCCAGCUACAUGAAUGUAUCUCUGGAUUUUGUACUAUCAUUCUCAUUUGUCAAGACCCAGGAUUCUACCCGUGGACCACUCCUAAAUGCAAUUGAGAUAAGCAAGUAUCUACAGAUUAUCCCAAAGACAGAAAGCAACGAUGCAAUGACUCUGGAUGCCUUCCGCUCCAUGUGCCGUGGAAGUGAUUGGAAUCAUGAAGAAGGUGAUCCUUGUAUCCCAACUCAAUGGGAAUGGGUAACUUGCAGCUCCAGCUCCCCACCAAGAAUUACAAAACUUGCAUUAUCAGAGAAACAUUUGAAGGGUAAAAUCCCAGAUGAGCUCAAGCACUUGGAUGGUUUAACAGAGUUGUGGCUGGAUGGUAACUCCUUAACUGGGUCAAUCCCUGACAUAAGUAACCUUCUAAAUUUGACUAUUGUGCAUCUAGAGAACAACAGACUGACUGGUCCAAUACCUUCUUACCUUGGAGAUUUUCCGAGCUUACGAGAAUUGUAUGUCCAGAAUAACUCUUUAAGUGGGGAAAUACCUCCAACACUACUAACUGGAAAAUUGGUAUUCAACUAUGAUGGCAACCCUGAACUCAUUCAAAGGGUGCAGCACAAGAAGAAUUUUAAGUUGAUAUUUGGAACUUCAAUUGGAGUAUUAGUGGUGUUUGUAGUUUUCAUCCUAGGGGGUUUAUUACUGUUUCAUAAUCUUUGGAAAAAGCCAUCUCAGGAGAAAAGUAAUGAUAAAUGUAAUUCCUUGAGCACUACAUCCAAGCCUUCAGCUGCCUACUCUCUUGUUAACGGUGGAUCAUUGAUGGAAGAAGGCCCGGAUGUGGCUUACUAUAUCACACUCUCUGACCUAGAAGAAGCUACUCAGAAUUUCUCAAGGAGGAUUGGGAAAGGAAGCUUUGGACCUGUCUACUAUGGUAAGAUGAAAGAUGGAAAAGAAGUGGCAGUCAAGAUCUUGGCUAAUGCAUCUAGCCAUGGAAACCAACAAUUUGUCAAUGAGGUUGCCCUGUUGUCAAGAAUUCAUCACAGAAACUUGGUUCCUUUAGUUGGAUGCUGUGAAGAAGCACAUCAACGUAUUCUGGUUUACGAGUACAUGCACAAUGGAUCAUUGCAGGAACAUAUACAUGAUUCUGUUAACCAGAAGCACUUGGACUGGCUCUCCCGUCUUUCUAUUGCAGAAGAUGCAGCUAAAGGCCUUGAAUACUUGCAUACUGGGUGCAACCCAAGCAUCAUCCACCGGGAUGUCAAGACAAGCAAUAUUCUUCUGGACAUCAAUAUGAGGGCAAAGGUGUCAGAUUUUGGGCUAUCAAGGCAAGCUGAUGAAAAUCUCACCCAUGUGUCGAGUAUUGUAUGUGGAACAGUUGGCUACCUUGAUCCUGAGUACUAUGCUAAUCAACAAUUGACUGAAAAGAGUGAUGUUUACAGUUUUGGGAUUGUACUUUUGGAGCUGAUCUCAGGAAGAAAACCUGUCUCAAUAGAAGAGUAUGGUUCUGAAUGGCACAUUGUUCACUGGGCAAGGUCAUUGAUUCGCAAAGGGGAUGUGAUGAGCAUCUUAGAUCCUUCUUUAGCAGGCAACAUUAAAAUCGAGUCACUUUGGAGGAUAGCUGAAGUUGCAAUCCUUAGCAUUGAGCCACAUGGAGCUUGCAGGCCAAAGAUGCAGGAAAUAGUUUUGGCUAUUCAAGAUGCAAUUAGGAUUGAAAAGGGGAAGCAAAAGAAUUACACAACAUGCUCACGCUCUUGGACAAGGCAAUCUUCACACAUAAGUUUGCCGUCAGCCUCUCUAGAAAUUGAUAGCUCUGACUUCUCAAGUGGUUGCAGUGUCCCAUCUGCAAGAUAACUGUAUAGUAUGAUGACUUGAUAUGUAUUCCAUAGCAGAUUAUGCAUU